AUGGUGUUUGUUUAUGACAAGGGAGUCUUGAAGUUUUUAUGUUCUUAGAAGUUGUACAAUAAUCAAGGUCAUUUUUAGAAAGGAUUUUAGCUUAUCUACCUGUAGUUUAUGUAAUCACUGAUUUAUAUUCAUUAAAAUCGAAUAGUCUUUUAAAAUGGUUAACGCUCGGGCAUUGCAUUUCGUUUUCAAAAUAGCCGAUAGAAAAUUAACUUCGAAAUUCUAUCGAGAAAUUCUAGGAAUGAAAGUACUUCGUCAUGAGGAAUUCACGGAAGGGUGCGAAGCCACAUGUAAUGGACCUUAUGCAGGAAGAUGGAGUAAAACCAUGGUUGGCUACGGCCCGGAAGAUACUCAUUUUGCCGUCGAGCUUACAUAUAAUUAUGGAGUAGAGGGUUACGAUAUUGGAAAUGAUUUCAUGGGUAUUACAAUUAAAUCUAAAGAGGCUUUAGAACGAGCAAAAGCAAAUGAUUGGCCCAUAAACAAUGGAAACACUCUUAUUGCACCGGAUGGGUACAAAUUCUUUAUAUUGGAUGAACCUCAGCCACAAAACGCCGAUCCAGUUCAAAAAGUAACACUAGCAAGCUCAUCAUUGAAAAAUACAAUCGAAUAUUGGAAUAAAAUUUUGGGAUUAAAAAUCUUCAAUGAAACACCAAAAAGCGUAGAAUUAGGAUUUGCUGACAAUCAAGCAAAAUUAGAAUUUAUUGAUAUCGGAACAGAAGUAAAUCAUGCCAAAGCUUAUGGUCGUAUUGCAUUUGCUUGUUCGGAUGAAGAUCAAGAAACUAUUAACAAUGCUAUACAAAAAGCAAAUCAUAAAAUUCUAACGCCAUUAAUAAGUCUCGAUACACCAGGAAAAGCAACUGUUCGGGUUAUUAUCUUAGCAGAUCCUGAUGGCCAUGAAAUUUGUUUUGUAAAUGAUGGGCCAUUCAGGGAAUUAUCUCAAGUAGACCCUAAAGGAACUGAACUCUUGGAUAGAUAUAUUUCAAAAGACAAAUCUAGAGAAUAAGUUAGGGACAACUUAUAUUUUUUCAGUAUUUUCAGCAUAAAAUAAAAUUUAAUUUUAAAUUGUU